AUGUCAUUUCAAAAUAAGUUUGGACCUAGUGCGUCUGCGAGCACAGGAUUUGGAAUUGCAAAUUCUGUGUCAAGUGCUCCUUUUAGUUUCAAUGCUGUUACAACGUCGGCAGGUACUGCUUUUGGUGCUUUUGGUAAUACAACAGGCUUCGGAGGUGGCUUUGGCACACAACAGACCAAUCCUACACCAGGAUUUGGGCUUGCAGCUAACCCACAAACAAGCACUCAAUUUGGAUUUGCAGCAGGAAAUUUCUCCCAACCUUCAAUGCCAAGCACAAGUAACUUUGGUGCAACAGCUCAAUCACCUGCUUUCGGUCAAUUUGGACUUUCGCAACAGGCCACAUCAAAGCCUUUAGCGUUUGGUGGAUUUGGUGCUGGUACUCAGACCACCCAAACCUCUCUUUUUGGGUUGAGUGGUGGAACACAAUCCGCACCUUCAAACAUAGGAUUAUUUGGAACUGGUGGUGUAGGACAGCAACCCACCUCAAAUGCAUUUGGAAGCAUCUUUGGUGUAGGAUCACAACCAACCGCAUCAAUUGGUGGAAAUCUUGGGCGAUCCAUGUUGCCAGUAGCAUCUACGGCAGCUGGAAAUUCUAACAUUGGGAUGUCCAGUUCGUCCAACCAAGUCGGAUCAACUAUUACCUCACAAUCACAAACAUCUCAACAAUUAACACCAUAUGAAGAAUUAUCUCGACUAAUUAGUGCUUGGAGUCCUGAAAGUAUAGACUGUCGAUUCCAAAGUUACUUUUAUAAUAUGGUUCAUCCAGCUGAAGUUCAAUUUUAUACCCCACCUCCUAGCAUGUCACAGGCACUUUGGAACGAAGCCCAGGCUAAUAAUCCAGAUAGAACAAUGCAAGAUAUUAAAAAACGACUUGCUGUUCAAGAGGAAGAGUAUGGAGCUAAACUUGAAGAUAUGAAGCGUAAGCAUAAUUUAGAAACGUUGGUAAGGAUAGAAGAUCGUAAACGAAAACAUAUUGAAUUGACGCAGAGGCUUAUGAGGCGAAUUCAAGUGUUGCGAUUAAGUGGAACACUAAUUCGGUCCGAUGAAGAAGCUUUAAAAGGGCGAUUGGAAGAUAUAAAGCAGCAGCUGCAAAGGUCGUCAAGAAAACUUGAAACGCUCAAGACACAAUAUAAUGUAACAAAACUACAAUGGGGAGUUCGAGAACCUCCAGUUACUCAUAAAUUUAAUGCAGUAAAUGAUAAUCAAUUAGAAAAUAUCAUAAAGGUUCUUGACACUGAACAAACAGGAAUAGUUCAUGAUAUUGAAACACUAAAGAAGGAUUCAAAAGACAUUGAUGUUAUUAUUCGCCAUCUUAAUGACGUUCCAUAA